CAAAACAAUAUGGCGGAGGACAUGGUCGAGGUUGAACAAAUUUCGUCUGCUGACGAUCAACAGCCAAAACCUCAACAAAACGAAGUUAUUAAGGCUUGCAAAAUAACUCCUUACUUUGAGCACUCUUAUGAAAAAUGUUUUUUGUGUGAACUAGAGCACGAUAGCCCGGAAUUCGGACCUUAUUGUGCGUUGUGUCACGACUUCCUGUAUCCAAACGUGUUGCUUCUUCAUGAAAGAAAACUAGAAAGUGUGAAUUUGGUAACGGAAGAUUCUUCGUCGAAUUUGUUAGCAUCUGAAAGCUGUGAAUUGAAUAUAAUUUCUGGAGUUGUGGCUUUAAAAACAGAGGACAGCGGAUGCGAAAGUGAAAACGAAAAGACAUCGGAGUUGCAAAGAAAUUCAACCAACAGCGAGUCCGCUGUUGUACCAGGACACAAGCUUCCUUAUUUAUCACUUUAUGAACGGGUUCGAGCUCCAGAUCUUGUAGCACAGCGGCUCGCAAAUGAGCUACGUUUAGUUGAAGAGGACUUGUUUGAGACACUGCCACCAGAAAGUGAGUUCAGUUGAAAAAAUUUCAAGUUCCCAGUUGUGUGACUUCAAUCAAUUAUUACAGGGCUGACCCAACGAGUGGGCAAAGUGAAUCCCAUGUUCUGAUCGGCUGCCAGAUUAAUGUCGAGCAAUCCUGACCUCAUACUUGAUGAAAUAACCAGACAGGCUAAUUAAAUAUUCUGGCAUGCACCCGUAAAUUUGUAUGUGGGCAAACGUUCAUGGGUGAGAAACAGUGUAAAGGUACAGAGAGGAUGGGACCCUACCAUUUGGAUAGGGGAUGAGAGGCCCUUAGUGGAGAAGACUAGUUGUUGUGUAAAUUCACUAAUAUCUUAAGUUGUUUCGCCCAAUAUGAAACAAGUGCUGCGCAUAUCAGGCCUGCCAGGCCAGGGGUUUUUUGUAUGCAGGCAUCUGGGUUCUUCUUUAUUCAGGUAUAGUGCAGUAAAGUAUCAGCUAUCUAAAACUGUAAAAUUGUUGGGUCGCAAAAUAGUUAAUGAGCCAUACAUUCUUUGUAAUAAUUAAUUUCCAGUUUUUCAAAGAGAUUCUCUGCGACACCAUUAAUUUUUUGGUGUAUCGGAGUCAAAUUUUUAGAGACAACCGAAAAUAUUGUUAUUUCAAUAUUCAGAGAAUUUAUUUUAUUAGCUUCAUCAGAUAUUGACAAGUAUAUAUGUUAAUGAGGCCAAAAGUGUAAACAGAGAUUCACCUGAAGUUACAGUUGAUGCUUUUCCUGGGACCCCCCUCUCAAUACCAGCUCUAGUUAGGAUCAGCAUUGUAAAACUCCCUUUUCAACUGUGCUCUGCAUGAAAUUCUCAUUACAGACAACUAAUGGUACAAGACAGGGAUGGAAGAACAUUUUUUCAACUGGAGGCAGGCUGAUUAGUGACUGGGACUCAAGAGGCCAAGGACACUCUCCUCCUAGUCUUUAUUAUUAUUUUUUUGCCAGAAAAAAAAAUGGGCGGGGGCAGGGGGCUAAUUAACGACUGGCUUCGCCAACCUUGCAAGGCUGCAACCAUUUUUUAAAUCCCUGGCUGGUCUUUUCAUUUAAAAGUUCUCAUAACUAACCAACCUGGUCAGAACUUCAAUAAAAAAAUAAGAAUCAUCAAAGUCUGGAACAUUCUGCCACACCACCAUAAUCAUUGUCUUAAUCUUAUUUCUUGUUGUGUUGCAGUUCUUCUUAUAAUAUUUUCCUUUCUGGAUGACAUUUCUCUCUGCAUGGUGGGGCAGGUUUGUCAGUGGUGGCAUCAACUCGCAGGUGAACAAGAUCAGUGGAAAAAGCAUGUGCUGACCAGAUGGCCAAGUUUGGUUCAGCCUGCCAACAAGCCCAGCACAAGCUGGCAGAAUCUCUACAUAAAAAUGUGAGGAUUUUUUUAAUGUCUGUGGUUUUGACAAAUGGAUGUCUGUUAUUGAGGGCCAGGUGCUGGAGAUUUCCCCAGCUUCUUUCCUUUGAAAAUAGAGGGAAAAUCAAUCUUAGCAAAUCAGGUUUGAUUUUCCACCUAGUACUCCUUGUAUUUUACUCAGAGACUUGAAAUCUUUGGGAAAGUCCUGAACGUGAAUUUCUUGAUAAAUGAAGCUUCAUUUUGGAUGUUUACAGCUAGUGCCAUUUGUUUGGCCAGGACUUGAAAUGGCUUGCAAGGACGUUUUUUUUUAGUUCUCUGACAAAGCUCAUGUUGGUGGAAGUAGGGACUUGCCUGCCCAUUACCUGGGUUGGACAUGGUAUCCAUUUACAUGUGCAAGUGCAAGAGGCCCUGCCAGGGUAAAUUCCGGCAAGCGACAUGGCCCAAAAAGUAGCGACAGCACGUAAAAUGAAAUUGCGACAAGAGACAACGUCCCUCGGCCAAAUUGCGACAGUGAUGGCAAAGCCGACAAUAAGCGACAAGCAUUUAUAAACACCGACACAAGAUGUUGUAAAAUUUAGAUGGGCGACAUGGGCCUCCCCGCCCCCCCCUGGCAGGGCCUCGUGCAAGGCUGUACUGAUUUGAUUUUUUUUGUCACUUAAUCUAUUGCAUCCACUUAUUUUCACGAUUUUGAAAGGCAAAUUUCCCUCCGUAGAUAAGCCCCUCCAAAAAUAAGCACUUCAAAAAGGGCCUUUGAAAAAUGUAAGUCCCGGGGCUUAUUUUCAGAAUUUUACUGUAUGAUCAUCAGGAGUGUGGUCCUGAAAGAGGACAACAGACCUUUUCAGCUUGUGUGUUUUGUUUUCCCAUUUCAGACCAGGUGAUGGUACCCCAUAGAACUGUUUCUUUCAAAUGUCGUCCUAUGCGCAUGCAUCCAUGUGCAUGUGUUUGCAUAAUUUCUAAAAAGGCAAAUUUGCUUGAGAACAGAUUGGGUAAAAAAGGGAUUAGUGUAUGGAAUUUUUGAGAGCCUUAUAUUUCCAUUUUCCUCAGGUUACAAGGUGUUACAUGCAGGAGGUGCUUUGAACAAGGUUGUGUUCAAGUAAGUGAUGUAAACAGAUUUCGGGCUCUGAUAAACAGACUACAAGUGAAAAAAAAAAAGCAUUCAAGUGUGUGUGCCAUCUGUCCAAUUUAUUACUAUGGCAUGAUGAGUAUUGCAUGAUGCAUUACAUUGUGGGGAGUGCUAUUAAGGCUGAAACCAGGGGAGCUGAUAGCCAAUCCGAUUUUGAGAAUUUUGUUAUCAUUAUGAUAAUACUUGUAUUGUACAAGGAAACAAUAUAUUAAAAGCCCUUUUCUGUAAACAAAAUUAUCAGUAAAUCUCAAAAUUCCUUUGCAGCACUCCCCUGAAGAUGAUAUCGUUAACUCAUGGCGGAACAAACGAUUGAAAAGCGAACUCAAGGGAAUGCUUACAGAUCCCCCUGAGGGUAUCAGGGCACGUCCCCUAGACAGUACUCUCUCAUAUUGGCAGGCCUCAAUCAAGGGACCUCCUGAUUGCCCAUAUGAAGAGGGCCUAUUCUUUCUCCAUUUGGAAAUUCCAAAGAGUUAUCCCAUGAGACCACCAAUUGCCAAAUUCAUAACAAGAAUUUUCCAUCCCAAUGUGAGUUACCAUGGAGAUAUUGGUAUAGAUGCGCUAAGACACAACUGGAGUUUAGCACUGACGAUACCAAAGGUGUUGGUUAGCAUUCGAUCACUACUGACAGACCCAUACUGCCAGAUAUCUAUGGAACCUAAAAUUGCCAGGUUCUGUGAAAGUGACAGAGAAGGCUUUAACACAGUUGCGAGAGAGUGGACAAAAAAAUAUGCUAAAUUGCACCUAACUUCUUGA